AAUGUGCUGAGUCAGCAGCCUCCAGCAGCGACAGCGUCGGGUUGCAUGGCGGGGCAAGUUCAGUGCUGCGGGGCACAGUUCCAGGUUGCACAGCGUGGGUGCCCCUCCACGCGCUAACUUCCCGCGAUGCAGGGACAUUGCUGGAGCCAGGUCCCUUGCUCCCGAAGCCCAUCAGCGUCACGAUCGACGGGAUUCGUCUGCCGAGCCCAGCCGUCCUAGAAGACUCCCAAACCGAGCAGCAUACCAUUUCUCCUUUGCGCUUUCGAAGAAGAUGCACAAUAAAGGUCCCGCCCCGCAGCUCCACGACGGCAGCUCUCUGCGCAUCGGGAUUGUCCACGCUCGCUGGAAUGACACGAUCAUCGAGCCCUUACUGGCCGGCGCAAAGGCUAAGCUUCUAGAAUGCGGCGUGAAGGAGUCCAAUAUCGUGGUGCAGACCGUACCCGGCUCGUGGGAGCUGCCAAUUGCUGUCCAGCGCCUCUACGCGGCCUCGCAAGUUCAGUCCUCGUCAGCCGGCAGCGGCGGCUCGGCGGGAGACUUGCUCGGUAGCUCGACAGCCGAUCUGGCAGCCCUGCCUGCCGCUGCAGCCUCGACGGGGCCAUUCGACGCCAUCAUCGCCAUUGGCGUGCUGAUCAAGGGCGAGACGAUGCACUUCGAGUACAUUGCCGGAAGCGUCUCGGAUGGUCUGAUGCGCGUGUCUCUAGACACAGGCGUGCCCGUCAUCUUUGGCGUCCUCACCGUCUUGAACGACGAGCAGGCGAAGGCCAGGGCCGGCAUCAUUGAAGGGAGCCACAACCACGGCGAGGAUUGGGGUCUCGCGGCUGUUGAGAUGGGAGUGAAGCGGAAGGCCUGGGCAGCUGGAACCAUUGAGUAGGAUUAGAGUCGGGCUUGCGGGGAGCGGCGGAUAUGCGUAAUGCGGUGGGCGCUCUCGGAGCGUCUUUUUUGUAUACCAUCGUAUUACCAGAUUAGCGUGGCUGAGUGCUAUGUCUAUCCAUGCGUACCCUUCGCAAUAUUCACCAGAAACAGAGAUCCAUGCCAGCUUCCUCCG